AUACGCUGGGCGCGUCCCGAGGGUCACGUGGUGCGCAGCACGCAGAGUCCUUCUGUCGGUUGGUCCUGGAGCGGCGCAGCUGGAGCGGGGCCGUGAGGAGAAUAAAGGCAGCCCUGUUGAUGACUGAAAAUGACAAAGCAUCCACCUAACAGACGAGGAAUCAGCUUUGAAGUGGGAGCCCAGUUGGAAGCCCGGGACCGUUUAAAAAACUGGUAUCCAGCUCACAUAGAAGAUAUUGACUACGAAGAAGGAAAAGUACUCAUCCAUUUCAAGCGUUGGAACCAUCGUUAUGAUGAGUGGUUCUGCUGGGACAGUCCUUAUUUACGCCCUUUAGAGAAAAUACAGCUGAGGAAAGAGGGCUUACAUGAAGAAGAUGGGUCUUCUGAAUUUCAAAUAAAUGAGCAGGUCCUUGCUUGCUGGUCUGAUUGUCGUUUUUACCCGGCCAAAGUCACUGCUGUUAACAAGGAUGGUACUUACACUGUGAAAUUUUAUGAUGGAGUAGUUCAGACUGUCAAACAUAUUCAUGUCAAAGCUUUUUCCAAAGAUCAGAAUAUUGUGGGUAAUGCUAGGCCUAAAGAAACAGAUCACAAAAGUCUUUCAUCAUCUCCUGAUAAACGAGAGAAGUUUAAAGAGCAGAGAAAAGCCACAGUCAAUGUGAAGAAAGACAAAGAAGACAAAGCCCUAAAGACGGAAAAGCGACCCAAGCAGCCUGAUAAAGAAGGAAAGUUAAUCUGUUCCGAAAAGGGGAAGGUGUCAGAGAAAAGCCUUCCCAAGAACGAGAAGGAAGAUAAGGAGAACAUUUCAGAAAAUGACAGGGAGUAUUCUGGAGAUGCCCAAGUGGAUAAGAAACCUGAAAAUGACAUUGUGAAGAGUCCACAAGAAAACUUGAGGGAGCCAAAAAGAAAACGAGGCAGACCCCCUUCCAUAGCUCCUACUGCUGUGGAUUCAAACUCUAAAACUUUGCAACCAAUAACGUUGGAGUUGAGAAGACGGAAAAUAUCAAAAGGAAAUGAAAUCCCACUAAAACGUCCUCGGCUUGACAAAAAUUCACCCCAGGAAAAGUCAAAAAACUACUCGGAAAACACUGACAAAGACUUAUCAAGGAGACGGUCCUCCAGGCUGUCCACUAAUGGGACCCAUGAGAUCCUAGAUCCUGACUUGGUGGUACCAGAUUUGGUUGAUACGAUUCCUUUGCAAGACACAUCAUCUAGUACCAAGGAAUCUAAAGAAGGUCUGUUGAAAUCUCCUUUGGAAGCUGGCCAGGUCUCAUCUGCAUUGACUUGCCACUCCUUUGGGGAUGGAUUGGGGGCUGUAGGCUUGGAGUUGAAUUGCCAGUCAAUGGGAGAAAACACUAUGAAAACGGAACCGGCUUCUCCUCUUGCUGAAUUACAGGAGAUUUCGACUGUGGAAGUAACAAAUACUUUUAAGAAAACAGAUGAUUUUGUGACAUCUAACACACCAGCUAUCGACCUGGACAACAAGUUUAGAUGCAAGGUUGUGGACUGUUUAAAAUUUUUCCGCAAAGCCAAACUGUUGCACUAUCACAUGAAGUAUUUCCAUGGAAUGGAGAAGUCAGCAGAGCCAGAGGAGGGCCCAGGAAAGAGGCAUGUCCAAACCAGGGGCUCUUCAGCUUCAGACAAGGCCAGCCAGGAGAACCUGACCAGGAAGCGGGUCUCUGCCAGUUCCCCCACUGCAAAAGACAAGGAAAAGAAUAAAGAGAAGAAAUUCAAAGAGUUUGUGAGAGUGAAGCCAAAGAAGAAAAAGAAAAAGAAAAAGAAAACCAAACCUGAAUGCCCCUGCAGUGAGGAGAUCAGUGACACCUCCCAAGAACCUUCUCCACCCAAGGCAUUUGCUGUUACCAGGUGUGGGUCCUCACACAAGCCUGGGGUCCAUAUGAGCCCACAGCUCCAUGGCUCAGAAUCUGGAAACCACAAAGGGAAAGUGAAAGCAUCUGAGGAGGAUAAUUUGAGUGAGUCCUCUUCUGAGAGCUUUCUUUGGAGUGACGAGGAGUACGGCCAAGAUGUGGAUGUGACCACCAAUCCAGACGAGGAACUUGAUGGGGAUGACCGCUAUGACUUUGAGGUGGUCCGUUGCAUCUGUGAGGUCCAGGAGGAAAAUGACUUCAUGAUCCAGUGUGAAGAGUGCCAGUGCUGGCAGCAUGGGGUCUGCAUGGGAUUACUGGAAGAAAAUGUGCCCGAGAAAUACACCUGUUAUGUUUGCCAAGACCCUCCAGGUCAGAGGCCUGGCUUCAAGUACUGGUAUGACAAGGAGUGGUUGAGCAGGGGACACAUGCAUGGCCUGACGUUUCUAGAAGAAAAUUACUCCCAUCAGAAUGCCAAGAAGAUCGUGGCAACUCACCAGCUUCUUGGUGAUGUGCAGAGAGUGAUUGAGGUUCUUCAUGGCCUGCAGCUCAAGAUGAGCAUCUUGCAAAGCAGGGAGCAUCCUGACCUGCAGCUGUGGUGCCAGCCUUGGAAACAGCACUCGGGGGAAGGGAGAUCUCAUUCCAAACUCAUCCAUGUCACUGACGCCAGGAGCAAGGAGGAAGCCCCAACCUAUAGAACUUUGAACGGGGCAGUGGAGAAGCCCCUGCCCCUGGCCCUACCCCUGCCGAGGUCCGUGGAGGAGUCCUACAUCACCAGCGAGCACUGCUACCAGAAGCCCCGAGCCUAUUACCCUGCCGUGGAGCAGAAGCUGGUGGUGGAGACUCGGGGCUCUGCCCUCGACGAUGCCGUGAACCCCCUCCAUGAGAAUGGCGACGAUUCCCUCUCCCCACGCCUGGGCUGGCCUCUAGACCAAGACAGAAGCCGGGGGGACAAUGACCCCAAACCCAGCUCCCCAAAGGUGAGAGAAUAUGUCUCCAAAAAGGUCCUAUCUGAGGAAGCCCCUUCUCGGAAGCUGCUGGACAGAGGUGGAGAGGGGCUGCUGAGCUCCCAGCACCAGUGGCAGUUUAAUCUGCUGACCCACGUGGAAUCUCUGCAGGAUGAAGUCACGCAUAGGAUGGACUCCAUUGAGAAGGAGCUGGAUGUGUUGGAGAGCUGGCUGGACUACACCGGGGAACUGGAGCCCCCGGAGCCACUGGCCAGGCUUCCGCAGCUCAAGCAUUGCAUCAAGCAGCUGCUGACGGACCUGGGCAAGGUGCAGCAGAUCGCCCUCUGCUGUUCCACAUGAAACUGGGCACCUAAAACUAAUGGGGGCACAAUCCUGGGGCACCAGCAGGAGGAGCUUCGCAUAUUUAAAUAAAUAAACCUAGCAUGCCGAAUGCACGUGACACCAACUGACUUCAGGGAUCUGGGCAGGAGUGUGAUAGACAUUGGACAAAGGGGGCAUUUUGGCUGCUGGAGGGCAGGGCACUCUGAUCUCGACCUACCAAGAAGGUAGCAAAUAGACUCUUGGGAUUCCCUUCUUCUGUGCACGUCAUUGAAUGAAGAGAGUCUUUUUGCACAAACUUCACUUGAAAUCGUGCCACUGAUAAAUGGAAUGAGAGCCAAAAAAGUUUAGUUGGAAACAGUUGUAAAUUCAAUUUGCAGUUUAUUUAAUUGACCUUUCUUUCGGGUUGGGGCAUGUGCCAACCCUCUGGUUUCUGCCUGGCAUGGUGUUUAGGCAGCAGGCAUCAUUUUCAUUUUCUAGCUUCAUGGGAAUGUGACUUCGCCAUUCUGUGGAGGUUGGGAAGGAGCAGAGCCUUGGCUGCCCUGCCUUGUCGUUAGGACUCUUCACUUUUUUCACCACAUCUCUUGCAUGACUUCAUGGUACCAGGGACAGGUUUUGUAUGCUUUCACCCCAGAGUUGCUGGGCUGUGGCUUUUUUAGCAGAGCCCAUACAACCUGUGGAGGAGCUAGAAUCUCACUGUCAUAAGAAUCUAGGAGGAAUUUCAAACUGAAACAGGCAGGGUCUGGAACCCAAAGGACAGCAUUUUCUACCCACUUCUUAAUAUUCACAGCUUCCCAGUUCUAUUUAAUGUCCAAAACGUGUUUCUCAAAAUUUCGAACUCUUUCACUAUAAAGAUUUGUUACGAAGACUGUGGUUUGGGGAAGUACCUUAUUUUAUAUUGUAGUAAACAAACUUCAGAUUUUACAUGUGCCGCUUUUCUCCUUCCCUGAAGGGUAUGUUCAGAGUUGUUUUGUUAAUAUACUUUAACACUUUAAAUUUCCUGUUUGUAUUAUUUUGUGAGAUCAAAGUGAUUAUGCUGCUUAAGGUCCAGGUACAACCUAUUUGUACCGUUUGAGACAAUAUUUGUGUUACUUUUGCAGGUUACGGUUCUACAUGUAAUUGCUAUAAUCUGUUUUGUUUUUCCUCACUAGGCAAAGUUAAAGAAAAUGUUCCAUGCUUUGAAAAGUGACCCGUUUCACUACUUAGUUUUCUUAUCACUAAAGUCAAAAAUCAAAGCA